AUGUUGCGCAUAAUGGCUGCAUUACCUUCCACUCAAUUUACCUAUCGGUCCUAUAGUAACUUUAAACUGGUCUCGGGACACCCAGACUAUCAGCCUAUUCCGAACUUCAAAGACCCUGAAGGAAAUGUAAAGACCUUUCAGUAUAGCAAAGAUGGUAGAUAUCUGGGUUGGGCGUCUCCUGAGAGCGUGAAGAUUAUCGAUACCGAGUCAAUCGAAAUUAUUAAUGAAAUUCCAAAGAAAAAUGUUGUUGAAAUUGGAUUUUCUCCGAAGGGAAG